AUGUCUAGCUCGACGCCAAACCCUGAUGGACUCUACCCUAUAGUGGAUUUGAACUUCAAAGGUGUUUUUCUUAGAAAUCCUUUCUCGUAUAACCAUGGUAUCAAUUUCACUUUCAAUGAUCACGAUUUUUCUGGAAUGACAUACGGUGAAUGUAUCACCUUUCUCGAACGGUUCAUGCAAGAAAGUAUAAAGAAGUUAUACUACUGUGAACCAAAUGGUAAAAUUUGUAUGUAUGUUGACCAUGAUGGUCAAGGAAUAGAAGAUUGGUUUGGUUCUGACGUAGAAGAGGAGGAUGAAGAUGAUUCAUGCAUUGAUGGUGAUAUUAGUUAUAUGAAUAGGGAUGUAGAGUCAUAUGUGGACAAAAUGUUUAGUAACAUCACUUACAUGAAGGCAUACAAGUUUAGGUUAGCAACUAUGAAUGGAAGUAACUUGUGGCCUGCAACUGAUUAUACCCCACCUUUACCUCCUGUUCAUAGAACUAUGUCUGGGAGACCUGCAGCUAAAAGGAAAAGGGAUGCAACAGAAAACCCAAACCAGUCAAGUAAAAAAUCAAAGAAAACUACCCAAACACAAAACAAAGUCAAUGAGGGUGAUGAAGGUAAUGCAAUGAAUGCAGGUAAUCAAGGUAAUGCAAUGAAUGAAGGUGAUGAAGUGAAUGAGGGUGAUCAAGCAGUAAAUGAUGAUGGAGGAGCAGUAAAUGAUGGUGGAGAAGCAGACAGUGAGGUGCAUGUGCAACAACACUAUGAUGAGGUGGAACUCACUCCUUUGGAGUUUGAUGCAUCAGGAAAUGGAGAACCUAGUCAGGUUCAUGUGUAA